AUGGACGGCGAGAGCGCCGUCCCCGCUCGCUUUGGCUCCUCCUCCUGCGCAGUUCGUGAUCCCGUCACGGCUGCGGGAGCCUUCGCGCCUCCCCUUCCGAGCGGCGCGGGGCGGUGCGGGAUGAUCUGGGCGCUUGGCCGCUGGCGGGCGCGGCGGCCCCCGCGCCUGCCCGAGCCCUGGAAGGGACUCGCACGACGGCGGGACCCGGAGGGUGCGGCGGGCGCGGAUCCGGAGAGCGGGGUGCCCAUUCCCUUCUCCAGCAGCAAGGCCAGUCCGCGGGUGUGGAGUGUCAGCCGGUCCAUGGGGAGCGACCACGAGAGACCGUGGCUGAAGGUGUUGCCUUUCAGUGUGCUGUGCACGGGGCUGUUGCUCUGGUGUGUGUUCAGGGAAAAAACGGAGAUUGAUGAGCGAUUGGAAGCGGUUUUCUCCGGCGAGAUCGUGGACUCUUUAGAUAUGGCCCAAGAAAGCAAUGCUCCCUUGCAGCUGCCGAAGGAGCAAUGAGGACGGGAGUGCGGCUACAGUGAAGGAGCUGUCAAAAGUUUGCUGGUAUUCACCUGGUUAAAAACUGUACCUACUCAUUAAUGGGAAGAAACCUUGUUUUUUUGAGUCUUUCGGCAGCUUUAUCUUGCAAACUUGAUUUCUUCAUGAUGUUUUCUGUGCUGGUCUUACCUUAGUAAUUUACUUUGGCAGCAAAAGGCGUAGUUUCUUUCUGGAUUGCAUGGUAGGGAUGAACAAGACAUAUUGCAAUUCAACUUGAAUUUUAAUAUAAGUUUUAUAUAACCCAUCACUUUUUCGUGGAUCAUUUUUCUUAGAUGCUAGGUGUAUUAAAAAAUAUGAAAUCUGAAUGUCUUUAAAAUUGCUGCUGAAGGUGACCUUCGUUUGACAUUUUGGUAGUCACAGAGUACGUUCAAUUUAUAUUGCAGACCAGUUGUAAAUGUAGUCAUUAAUAUGUGAUUGUGGUCUGAUUUUUUUUUUUUUAAUUCUGCUAAAUAACGUAGAAAUUACCUUCACGAGUUCGUGCUUUUGGGACUAGAACUUUUUAGGCUUGGCUGAUUAAAGUGAUCAUUACUGGUAGGAGA